UUCCCUACAUACUCCUCCCACAAGGAGCGGUCGCCCCUACUGGGUUGUGCGCUUUCUCCUCCCCUCAAACCCCUCGCGCACUUUCUCCCGCCCGUCUGUCAAUCACCGCGUUCAGCUGUCCAGUAAGCUGGCCAAGAGGGCUGGGCUGUCAGGGGUGUCGUGUGACGUCCGUGAUCCGCCGGUCGCGGAGCGGGGAGAUGCGUGACGAAGGCGGCGCGUGACGGAGAAGCGGUUAGCCGACGCUGCGGCGGCAGUCCGUGUAAACAAGGCCUCGCGCCGCUGCUGGUCCUGCGACUGCUUCUCGCUGAGCAGGCUUUGCUUUCACCAAACCCAAGGAGGUGACAGGAGGAGUCCCCACACAGGACUUAAGGAUGCUGUGACCAGAAGAUGGGAUCACGGAACAGUAGCAGCGCAGGAACUGGGUCCGGAGACCCCUCCGAGGGCUUGCCCCGAAGAGGGGCUGGCCUGCGUAGGAGUGAGGAGGAGGAAGAGGAGGAUGAAGAUGUGGAUCUGGCCCAGGUACUGGCCUAUCUCCUACGCAGAGGCCAAGUGAGGUUGGUGCAGGGAGGAGGUGCAGCAAAUUUGCAGCUCAUCCAGGCCCUCUCGGACUCAGAGGAAGAGCAUGACAGUGCCUGGGAUGGUCGUCUUGGAGACCGAUACAACCCACCGGUGGAUGCAACCCCUGACACCCGGGAGCUGGAAUGCAGUGAGAUCAAGACACAAGUGGAAUUGGCCACAGGGCGGCUGGGGCUUAGGCGGGCAGCGCGGGAGCUCAGCUUCCCUCAAAUGCUGCAUCAGAGAGAACGGGGCCUCUGCCACCAGGGAAGCUUCUCCCUUGGAGAACGGUCUCGAGUGAUGUCUCACUUCUUGCCCAACGAUCUGGGCUUCACUGAUACCUACUCUCAGAAGGCUUUCUGUGGCAUCUACAGCAAAGAUGGUCAAAUCUUCAUGUCUGCCUGUCAAGACCAGACAAUCCGACUAUAUGACUGCCGGUAUGGUCGCUUUCGUAAAUUCAAGAGCAUCAAAGCCCGGGAUGUCGGCUGGAGUGUCUUGGAUGUGGCCUUCACCCCCGAUGGGAACCAUUUCCUUUACUCCAGCUGGUCUGAUUACAUUCAUAUCUGCAACAUCUACGGGGAGGGAGACACACACACUGCCCUGGAUCUAAGGCCAGAUGAACGUCGCUUCGCUGUCUUCUCCAUCGCUGUCUCCUCAGAUGGACGAGAAGUGCUAGGAGGGGCCAAUGAUGGCUGCCUGUAUGUCUUUGAUCGAGAACAGAACCGGCGGACACUUCAGAUUGAGUCCCAUGAGGAUGAUGUGAAUGCAGUGGCCUUUGCUGACGUCAGCUCCCAGAUCCUGUUCUCCGGGGGUGACGAUGCCAUCUGCAAAGUGUGGGAUCGACGCACCAUGAGGGAGGAUGACCCCAAGCCUGUGGGCGCGCUCGCCGGACACCAGGACGGCAUCACUUUCAUUGACAGUAAGGGUGAUGCCCGAUAUCUCAUCUCCAACUCCAAAGACCAGACCAUCAAGCUCUGGGAUAUCCGACGUUUUUCUAGCCGGGAAGGCAUGGAAGCCUCUCGCCAGGCUGCCACGCAGCAAAACUGGGACUACCGCUGGCAGCAGGUGCCCAAAAAAGCCUGGCGGAAGCUGAAGCUCCCAGGGGACAGCUCCUUGAUGACCUACCGGGGCCACGGGGUGCUCCACACCCUCAUCCGUUGCCGAUUCUCCCCCACCCACAGCACCGGCCAGCAGUUCAUCUACAGUGGCUGCUCCACUGGCAAAGUGGUCGUGUACGACCUCCUCAGUGGCCACAUCGUGAAGAAGCUGACCAGCCACAAGGCCUGUGUGCGUGACGUCAGCUGGCACCCCUUUGAGGAGAAGAUCGUCAGCAGUUCGUGGGACGGGAAUCUGCGUCUGUGGCAGUAUCGCCAGGCUGAGUACUUCCAGGAUGACAUGCCAGAGUCGGAGGAGCAUCCCAGCACCCCUGCCCCAGUGUCCCGCCCCUCUACAGCCUUUUCCUCACCCCAGUAGAUCUGACCUCCAGGCCCAGUCAUGGUGAGCCUCUUUACCAGCUCUCCACCUUCUCCUCCCUUUCUCCCCUAUGGGGGAUCUUUAGGGACUCACUGGCACUGGCUGGGGAGAAACAGAAGCCCAGGCUUUGGGCCCCUAGCUGACCCCUGGGAGAUCCUCCCCUUGGGGUAGUGUGGUCCUCUCACAUGCUCACACCCAAUCAUCUUGGACCUCUGUCUCUGGCCGGGGUCUGGCAGGACUGCCAUUAUCUGAUCAGCAGGAGAACUGUCCUGAGUGUUUUUAAUCAUGUUUGGAUGUUAAGUGUUAGCUCCUAGAGUAGAUGCCUGGGACCAGGUCUGAACUGUGCCAUCAGCAAGGCCCAUUGCCCAGGCCUUCACUUUGAGGAUUAAACGGGUCAGUCAGAGGGCCAGGAGUGCUGGCCUUUGUUCCAGAGGUCCUAAUGGCUAGAGCUCUAGCCCCUCAGGGAGAGGGGGAUGGAUAAGCACCCUCCCACCGUGGGAAUUAUGUCUUCUCUCUCAUGCAUCUGGGUCUUUGGGGGGGGUACGCUAUGGUGUGAGAGGCUCUGUGUGGCCCCACACAGGGCAGGUCCUCCCCCUCCCAGAAUGUUCCAUCAUGCCAGAGGCCAGCAGCUUCAAGGAGGGAUGUUGAAGUAGGACUCCUUUGUCCUCUCACUGGCUUUGGCUCCCUCAAUAAACUCUGUGGGAACCUG